AUGUCAGCCUUACGACGUCUACCACGGCCCCGACCAUUUGUAUGUCGGCAAUGCAUACGACAUCAGCAUGUGCUUGCCCGUGGUGAGCGACCGGCAGCGAGAUGGGCCGACGAGGAGCCCGACCCAGUAAUACGCCAGGCGCAAUGGGAGGAACACGCGGGACAAGUGCGGGCGGGGAUGCACCAGAGCAUGUUGAGUGUACUUGAAGAGCGUGGAUUUGUCAAGGAUGUCGCUGGUGGACGCCAGACGCUCGACUGGCUGCUCACCGAGAAACGCAUCGGCGCAUAUGUCGGCGUAGACCCUACAGCCCCCUCCCUACAUGUCGGCCACCUCCUUCCGCUUAUGGCGCUGUACUGGAUGUACCUCCAUGGCUACUACACCGUCAGCUUGUUAGGAGGAGGCACCGUCCAGAUUGGCGACCCUUCUGGUAGAACAACGGCUCGGUCUCGGCAAGGCGAAGAUGUGCAGUCUAUGAAUGUGGAGAGCAUACAGCGCCAACUGGACAAGCUGUGGACGAAUGUCAAAUGCCUGGGCAUCAAGUACCAGUACUCCCCCCGGAUCAGCCGAAAGCAGGAUAUCCUCAACAACAGGAGAUGGCUGUCCCAGUUGAGUGCAGUUGAGCUGAUGAGGGAUCUGGGGUCUGGUAUGCGCCUGGGUGCCAUGCUCAGUCGCGACUCGGUCAAGCUACGAAUGGAAAGCGGCGAGGGUAUGGCUAUAUCCGAGUUUAGCUACCCCCUCUUCCAAGCCUACGACUGGUGGAGCAUGUACCGGAACCAGGGCGUUCAACUACAAAUAGGCGGAUCUGACCAGUACGGAAAUAUCAUCGCCGGCAUGGGCGCCGUCAGUCAUAUGCGCAAGAUACAUCGCAUGGACAACGGAGCAGAAGGCGACGAAGACCCAAGCGUAGCAACUUACGGUCUCACCACACCACUGCUUACAACAGCGUCUGGCGAGAAGUUUGGCAAGAGCGCGGGCAAUGCAGUCUGGCUUGACCGCCAGAUGAUGAGCUCGUUCGAUCUUUACCAAUACUUCCUCCGCACCGCAGACGCCGACGUCGAACGCUACCUCAAGCUCUUCACCUUCCUCCCCCUUGACGAGAUCGGCCUCCUAAUGAACCGCCAAAACCAAGACCCAUCCAAGCGCAACGCCCAACACAUACUCGCCCGCGAAAUCGUCGAGCUAGCACACGGUGCCGCAGACGCGAAGAAAGCCGAAGCCGCACACAAGGACGCGUUCGGCCAGGGAGCCCAUACUUUCUCGCUAUUCUCGCUGAGGAACGCGAUUGCCAGGGACGAGGGCGACACCAACGAGCCAAAGGAACACAUGAAGGAGGAAAAAGAGCUGUUCGAAUACAAGAAAGCCUACGCUGCCUCCUCCACCGCACAGCCAACAACUACCACUCUACCCGAACGACCUCAGCACGACAAGUCAGAUGUCGUUACACUCCCCCUCUCCAUGCUCCAAGCCGGAUCCUUUCCGCACGUCCUUCACGCCGCCGGUCUCGCGAGUUCGAAAUCCGAAGCGAGCCGCUUGAUCGCGAAGAAGGGCGCGUACGUCAUCGUACCCAACUCUGGUCCGCCUGACAACCCGACCGCGUUGAAGUGGGCGACUAUCGAACCGGGCAAGGAGUUCAAUCCGUAUCACUAUCUCGUGGAUUGGGAGGCGCUGGUGCUGAGGGCGGGAAAGAGUAAGAUUCAAAUCUGCAGGAUUAUUAAGGAUGAAGUGGAUGAGGAGAAGACGGAGGAGGGACAAUGA